AUGUCAGGCCACGAGGAUGCAGACGAGGCACAGAGACGCUACAAGGCUCCGUACAGCAAGAAUCACACGAUCCCUACCAUUGCCAAGUACCGAGAAGAGAAGCAGGCGCGGAAAGCAGAAGCUGUAAACGAGGGCGAUGGGGCCGACUUGGAACAGUCUCGCACCGAGAGAGCUAGAGAGGGUUGGCGAAGCUACUGGGCGGGCGAUGACAAGAAAGAGGAGAGCGGAGAGCACAAGCAACAAGAUGGAGGGGCGAACCAGAACGGCGUGGACGUUGAUGGGGACGGAGAUGUAGACCAAGAAGAUGAAGACGAGGCGGCAGCUGCCGUGGAUACCUCUGAAGCCACACCCAUCGCAGACCCCAGGAAGAGGAGGAAGGGCAAAGAGGAGCGGGCUGAGCGAGAAGUCACAGACCCGAUCACCCAUUUGCCAGUCAAAAUCUACGAUUUUACGACAGACGCGCUCAAAGAAGUCGAAGAGAACCCACCACCGUUUGGAUCCACCGUCAGGACCUCGACCGGGCUGAGCAACAAGAACAAAUCGGGCAGGGACUUGCACAAUGAGGUUCAAGAGAUGCAGAAUGGCCAGGAUUCCAUGAUGGCCCAGUUCCCUCCUCCCAACUUCGACGUGAUUCGAAGAGACCUCAUCAGCAUCAACAAGAUUGGAAUCACCGUCGGCCUCAUCGGCUCGGUAAUCAUCACGACGCUGGCUGUUGUCGUUGAACGAAUACUCCACCCAGAACUCCUGGCACGUCUUCUACACAUCAAGAAGGAUUCAAGCUGGCUCUUCAGACUCGGUACCUGGCCUCUGAUUGCCGUUGCGAGUGUGGCUGGCAUCUGGUUCUUGAUCGCAGGUGUUCGCGAAUGGAUGGCGAACCGUAUAGACGACACAUGGGAGAGUGAGGUGUGGGAGGCUAACUUGCAGAGCAAGAAGUUGCAAGCAAAGGCCCACGAGACUGAAUCGGUGUCGUGGUUGAACUCGCUCUUGAGUUCCGUGUGGCCGCUGGUGAACCCAGACCUCUUUACUUCGCUCGCAGACACUCUGGAGGACGUUAUGCAGGCUUCUCUACCAAGUCUAGUCCAAAUGGUAAGCUGCGAGGACAUUGGUCAAGGUUCUGAGAGUUUGCGAAUCUUGGGCAUCAGAUGGCUACCUACAGGUGCAGCGGCACGCUCGGUCGGUGCUGAUGGUAAGCUUGAAUCAGUGGAGGACAGCAAGAAGAGCAACAGUGAUCGUAAAGUCGCUGGAGAAGGCGAGGUCGACGAGAAUGCUGGCGAGAGCCAAGAAAAUGGCGAAAAGGGCGACAAGGACGAAAAGAACAAGUCUGAGGACGGCACAGAGAAAGCUGCCGUCGCAGAAGGCAUGGAGGCUGAGGAAGGAGACUUCAUCAACCUCGAGGUUGCGUUCGCCUACCGUGCACGCAAAUCGGAAUCUUUCAAGGAGAGGACUAAGGACAUGCAUAUGUACCUGGCAUUCUGGCUUCCUGGGAAGAUCAAGAUCCCAGUGUGGGUCGAUGUCAAGGGCAUUGUCGGUAUUGUCAGAUUGAGGCUGCAGCUGGCACCAGAUCCACCGUUCUUCCAACUGAUGACCAUGACCUUCCUCGGACAGCCAAAAGUCGACAUCAAGUGUAUCCCGAUCGUGAAGCGAGGCUUGAACAUCAUGGACCUGCCACUCAUCAGCAACUUCGUCCAGAGCUCGGUCGACGCCGCAAUGGCUGAAUACGUGGCGCCGAAGUCACUCACCCUGGAUCUCAAGGAUAUGCUUGCUGGCGACGACUUCAAAAAAGACACGGCUGCUCGAGGUGUUGUUGUGGUGGAUAUCAAGCACGGCUACGACUUUAAGAUGGGAGACGCUUCUAUCCCGCUCGUCUCUGAUGGCAGCUCUGAUCCUUACGUUUCGGUUGGAUGGGCGAAGUUUGGCAAGCCCGUGUUCAGUACGAGGGUCUUGAUCAGCGAGAUGGAGCCUUACUGGCACGAGAGGGCUGUUUUGCUGGUCACGCCGGAAGAGCUCAACGUCGACGAGCGACUGAGACUGCAGCUCUGGGACAGUGACCGCUUCACGGCUGAUGAUGACCUUGGCCGGAUCGAGGUUGAUUUGAAGCAGAUCAUGAGGGCUGAAGAGACCAAUGGCAGAAUGAACGAUCGCACCGACGGCUUCAGAGCACUCAAAGCCGGUGAGAAUAUGCCUGGUAAGCUGGAAUGGUCGGUCGGGUACUUCUCCAAGACUCGCCUACAACCUUGCCAGUUCGAGAGCCAGAGCUUCGACAAGUCCAUUCGAUCGAGAGACGAUCUGGAGAAGAAAGUGCAGGAGACUUGUCAGCGCAAGUUGCGUGAGGCCAUGAUCAAGAAGGGCCGGCAUGCUAAGAGCGAGGAAGAGCUCGAACAGCAAAAGGAGCAGGAGCGAAAGACGCUGGAAGAUGCGAUUGUCAUCUCUGCCCCGCCGCCUGAGGGCUACCCCAGCGGCAUUUUCAGCAUUCAGAUCCAUCAAAUCGUAGGCUUGGAGUUGGAGAAGCAGAGCAAAUCCCAAGUCGACAAGUAUGAGAACCACGAAGAGGAGGCGGAGGACGACGAUGACCUCCCCAGCGCCUUCUGUACUGUCAUUAUCAACCACAAGAAAGUCUUCAAGACCCGCACGAAACCCAAGAACAGCAAGCCCUUCUACAACGCCGGCACCGAGAAGUUCGUCAAAGACUGGCGCAACACCGAAGUCUACGUCUCCGCCCGCGACGCCCGAGUCGACGAGAAUGACGCCCUUCUCGGUAUCGUCCACCUCCCCUUGGGAGAUAUCUUCAAAGAACGCGCCCAGAUCAACGGCUACUACCCGCUCAUGGGCGGCGUCGGUCACGGCCGCAUCCGCAUCUCCAUGGUCUGGCGCAGCGUACAACUCCAAGCACCGGCCGAAGCACUGGGCUGGGACUACGGCACGAUCGAAGUGAAACCCAGCAUCACAGCCUCCAACCUCCCCUCAGACCUCCAAGGCCUCAAGAUGAAAUUCCACACGAACCUCGCCACCGGCAAAAUGUACCCUCAACAGAACUCACAAGAAUGGAAGACGCGAAAAGACCGCAGCCUCCACCUCCCUCUCCACCGCCGCUACGCCACCAACCUCGCCAUCCGCUUCAAACGCCACGGCAUGCUCAAGGACAAGACCGCCGCCUUCGCCAUCCUCUGGCUAAAAGACCUCCCGGACGAAGAAGAGCGCGAAAUCACCCUCUCCGUCAUCAAAGGCAACUACGACCGCGCCCGCGCCAACUGCCUCAGCGACGAAGACGCCGGCGAGAAAGUCGGCACCAUCACGAUCAAAGCCGUCUUCUGGAGCGGUUUGGGCGCGAGACAUCAGAAAUGGGCGAGCAAAGACCCGGAUAUGGCGAAUGUGAUGGAGGUGUUAGAUGUCGCGAAGGAUAAUUACGAGAGUAUGAAGAAGGAAGCUGAACUUGGGAUCGUCGACGGCGAUGAAGACGACGAUUCUUCUGAUGACGAUGAUUCGGACAAUAGCUCCGACGACGACGAUGACGGCGAGGAUGUUGAUGGAGCGGCGGGCAACAACAAGACGAACAUCAUCGACAAAGCGAGGGAUUACAAGAAGGAUGCGAAGCAGAAGCAUCGCAAACAUCGGGGUGUGAUGCAGUAUAAGCCUGCGAGGAAUCUCGACUGGGUCGCGCAGAAAGCCGGACGCGUGGAGGCGAAGUUUGAGGGGAUUUUUAGGAGGCAUACGAGGGAGCCGGGGGUUGAGACGGAGGUUUGA